AUGCCGCUGCAUGAGGUCCUUUACUUUUCACCUCUUCUAAAGUCAUGCAUUCUGGUGUUCAGAGAGAAAAAGUAUAACGUCAAAAAAAUGCACGGAGACGAAACGAUGCCAAUCGCAUUCGAUCCACCUUUUGUGGAGUUCGGCGACAGUGCUGUGGGGCACUCCGUAAAACGACGUGUAUUCAUAAGAAGUCUGCUUCAAAAGCCUAUUACACUGGAUUCUAUUGCUGGUGCUACUGUCAAUUUCCACAUUUCCUUUUUCAACACCGUUCUUUCUGGUCGCUCUUCCUCAAAUCCGUAUCGUAUUGCUCCAUUUGUUGGUACUCGUUUACCGUUCAACGGUACACUUUCUAAGGACAUAGCUCUCCACAACCCAUUCACUAGUACAUUUAGGAUUACUGAGGUAGUGUCGUCCGGAGGCAAUGUGCAUGUUGAGAUGGCCUAUGACAUUGAUGGAAAAGUAGCAGCAGAACCCCUUCAGUAUUGGGACAUUCGCCCAUUUCAAACUAAAACUAUCUGUCGCGCCGUUGUUGUUGGGCACACUUUGGAGAACACUACAAUUUUUCUACGAUUCACAGGAUUACUUCUUGACGAUGAAGGCAAUGACGGAGUACAACACUCGAUUGUGCUUCCAAUCCCUAUAGAAAUAAAUAAGCGACGAGGAGUCUUCACAACCAAGGACAUGUUGGAUUUUGGUUUGCUAAGGCAAGGUGAACGAUCACAACCUCAAAUGUUUUCAGUAUAUCAAUAUUUGCUGAACGGAAAACUAGAGUUCGAGACAUUAUACGUAGACAGAGGGGAUCCCACAGGCAUAUAUAUGGAAUUUGCCUCCACACCUCCAAUCGCCGUUCUUCCUGGAAAAGGAUCAUUGCCAGGCAAACCGUCGGAUCUCGUGAAGGUGUUCUUUGAUGCAUCACGCAUAUCUUUCGAAUCUCAACUGCCCAGUGCUCGAACGUUUCAUGGGAGAAUAAUUGCCCUCAGUCGUGGUGGCAACUACAACGUCACUAUACCAUUUCGUGUCACUGUUUAUCAAGGGGAUAUCGUUUCGGUCGGUAAUGACCUUGCCUUGCAAGAAGACAUCAAAGCUCCUCAUAAGCGUAGUGUCCGUCUACGUAAUGCUCUGCCAUUUCCUGUGGCUAUUUGGAAUAUAUCGAUUUCACCGGAUGCAAGUCAAUACUUUACGGUUCGUUUGUUUAAUAAAACUGUCGUGAUUGGAGUGGAUGAGGAGCAGCCGGUGUUCCUCCUAAAGUACAACAAAAAAGUUCCUGACACAUUUGGGCAGACUGUUCUGUAUGUGCACACAAAUAUUUCCAACUAUAGGAUCCAGCUAUGGAAAUACUCAGGUAGAAUUCAGGUUGAGUUGUUCUCAGUCGAUCAAGAAUCAUUCGAUUUUGGGCUGUUGGAAAGGAAUGACACGCGAACUAUUAGAUUUGUCAUGCGCAACAAAAAUCCUGCCGUUAUGACAGUCCGAGGUCUUUCUGUUCCUCGUCCAUCCAUACACAGACUGUACUUGGUGUCAGUACUUGGGAAGAACACAAUGGGCACGUGGGUGCCAGCUGACAGUCGUGAGGAAUGGCCACAGGGUGGUGAUUUGGAAAUUCCACCACACAGUGCAGCAUUUUUCGAUUUCGAGCUGAGGUUACCAUUGGAUGAGCCGUUCCAUCCGUCACAAAUGAUAAUCGCGACGGAAUUCGAAAGCAAGGUUUUCCCUGUCAAGUACGAGGUUGCUCAAGGCAGUCUAACGUCAAUUCCGGAUCGCAUCUCGUUUGGAAGAACGCAUCCAGGAAAAGUAGUGUAUAUGAAUUUGCAGGUGUUCAACUCUUUCGCGGAAGAUAUGAAGGUGACGCGAUUGUCAACCACAUCACGCGAUCCACGCUUCUUCUUCGAAGGUCGCGUUAUGUUCCUUCCGGAAACACCAUGCUCUCAUGAUUACUGCUAUCUAGGCCUGCCUCUUCACACCACCGGUUCGUUUUUGGUUUUACUUGGUUCUGCUAUUGAAAACGAAUCUCACAUUAUAGAUGGGCAAUGGUUUGUUCAUGGGCUGACUUUACCAGCCAACUUGGCAGAAGUGGACAGCUAUUUAUACAAGAAGCAAAGAGCUCGCUUUGAUAAUCUUGUCAAGAAUGGGAAACACCGUGUGAAUACAACGGUGAUCAUUGACACGGAUAGAGCCAAGAAUAUACAGAUCGAAUCCACUGCCGAAAUGAUUUGGCCUCGUCUGUUAACGCGGAAUUCGGUGCAUUUCCCAUUAACUGCACUUGGCAAUUUUACGAUAGUGAAUCUCACCUUGGCGAAUCCGACAUCGGUUCCUAUAGCAGUACAAGUCAUUCCGCUAGUGAUUUAUCCAGAUGCUGACGCUGUAGUAGAGUUUUUUCGCGAGCACCUUAUCACACCGCUUACUUCUGAGGUGGAAAUGAACGAAACACUAAUGUUUUCCUUACGCGAUACUGAGCUGUUCACUCUAAAGCCUGAUAGCCCCGUACCAAGAUUACGGGAGGAACUCGAAGCUGCCAUACCACAGACUGUUCCAAGGUUCACUUUGUCACUGCUGUUAAAACCACAUAUGAAGGUUCGCUUACGACUAGGUUUUCUGCCAUCGGACUACACUCUUCGAUCAUCACUGUUACUCAUUAGGAACAAUUUGACGGUGAUUGAACCCGUUGUGGUGUAUGGCAGAGGGGCACGAAUCGGUUUGAUGCAUAAACUCAGUUCUACACUCACAGUUCGUCGUCCGUUUUCGGUGAUGAACUCAGGAGAGGUGCCGUUUACUGUGGUUAACAUGAGUAUCAACGGUGUGCCCUGUGAAAACCGUGGUUUUCGCAUCCUCAACUGCUAUCCGUUUCGUCUCCAACCGAAUGAGACCUAUUCUCUUGAUGUCGCAUACACACCAGACUUUCUGACUACUACAAAUGAGGCGGAUCUUCAGCUUUACAUGCAUAUGAAUGGCAGCUCAUGGUUAUUCCCGUUGGCGGCAACAGUUCCUGAGGAUAUGUUGGCUAGAUGUCAUCGAGCCCUACCACGACCUCCAUUCGAAAAUCUUAUGUACUACAGCUGUGUCACCGCUCUUGUUUUCUGCUUGGUUUGUGUCUUGGCGUGCGCAUAUUUGGAAGGUGAUAGAGCUAUUGCUUGUGCAAUUCGACAACACCACUCCACACCUCGGACGGUCUUCGAUUUGAACAACUUGGACGGUAAAAGGAAUGGAAGCACGUCUUCUGCACAAGGCAGCAGUCACAGUGGCAACGGGAAGAGCGCAGUUUCUUGGAACGAGGCUCUACCCUCUGGUCUACAUGUAGCGGCUGAUGCCUCGAUGGUCUUACGAAUCUUCUACCAAGCAGCCAACUCGGUAUUGAGAGCGGUGCACUUCGUGUGGCGACUUUCGUUGCUUUAUAGAAACGACAAGCAAGAUCAACCCAAGAAGGAGAACAAGAGAAAAAAGAAAGCGCAAGUGUCCAUUAUACACUCCAAAGUGAAAGACAUGAAAGAAAAGGACAAAGAUGGCAUCAAAGAAAAGUCGGAUCUUCAAGCACCGAUCAGUGUUAAACGUAUGUUUCACAGGUAUAUGAUCAUUUCAGUGAUGAAGAAUGCGAAGCUAUCAAUGUCUCCAAAGGCACCUACCAAUCAGCGAAAGAAAAGCGGAGGAUUCACUGAAGCUGAUCGGCGACUGGCACGUGCCCAACAGCUCAUGGAUGCCGACCUGGAACGGCACCCCAUUUUGACAUCCGAGACAACUCCGCCCAUGUCCACGUCAGAUAGCUCGAGCGUAAAUGUUCAACCUUCUGUUCGGCCCGUUGCAGCGAAGCGCGAGGAGAAACGGCGCGAAAGUGGUGAAAGGAAUGUUAUGCUGCCUGUGAUUCCAACUCUAAUACCCGGUCUAACGUUACCCAUCGGUGGAAUGGAUAUGACAAAUGUUUCUCUGGGAGCACUGGCUGAGUACUAUGGUCAAAUCAGUGCCUAUGACGACUCAAAUAUGCCAGCCACCCCCACACCAUCACUGGCCUCCAGCGUUGGGACCGAUCGAACGGGUGGGCUACGAGAAAUGAAUACUCCUGAGUUUGCCCGUUCUCGACGUCACAGCGAAAGUGAGCAGAGUGUUGCGAGUGAGCUAAGUGCCGCUCCUGACUGGCUCGAUGAAGUUGUGGGACCAGACGAUGUUGAUGACGACUUUUCGGCUAUGGCAGCGGCGAGCGAAUUCCUGAUGAGUGGCAUCUGGCGAAGAUGCGGCACCAACAGAAAAGGCGCACUCGUCGUGAUAAGCGGCGACGUCGCGGAAGGAGCAGCGGAAACGAAGGCGCUAGCAGUAGUGAUAAGGCACACAACGGAUGGUGCUGAGCGUGUACCAAAGAAAACCUUGGCUGCUGAGCUCAACGAAGAACGACGCCGAAGGGAAGAUGAGUACUUGAGGAACAACAACGCAGGUGGUCUUGGCGAUUGGCCAAUGCCGGACCUUCACCUAGGCUCGCUCAUUGAAGCUGACGAGAGAACUAGCGCCAGCUCAAGGCUAUGGCCUCCUACACCGAUUGGGUCACGUUCUUCACUUGCUGGCCAGUGGAACGAACACUCGAAUGCUAUGUCAUCUUCUACUGCUGCUCCAGAUAUGUCGUAUGACCUCCACGUCGCUCGGAUUGUCGGCUAG